GGUGGAGGAGCGCGAUGGCGAUGUGGUCCGUGGCGAGUACUCGCUGGUGGAUUCCGAUGGCUACAAGCGCAUUGUCCAGUACACCUCCGACCCAGAGAACGGCUUCAACGCUGUGGUCAACCGUGUGCCCGUCGACCAUAUAAAGGUGGUCAAGGCCGUCGCAGCCCCAACCCCUCUGCCCGUUGCCUAUCACCACUAGAUGGAUAUCCCUUUCUUUCCAAUGCCAUGUAA